CUGGGAAGACUUCCACUCACGGCAUGCCGCACUUUGGAACUGAGUCCCAGAAUGCAACGCUCCCCUUGCUCCUAGAGCGCAGUCGAGACUACAGUUCCCAGAAUGCAGCGCCGCCCCCAGUCUCUGGCGCCCCGGGGGACCCUGCUUCGGGAAGACCUUUUGGACGCCAGGGGGCGAGUCUUGAAGUCCCAGCUCCCUUUGGGGGACGUAUCCGUGAGGCAGUUCUGGCGCGUUGGGCCUGUCCAGAAAAAGCCUCGAAGGGACUGGUUGGGGCCCGAGGCGGGCUUCGCUCAGGCAGCGUUUGAGGCAGCCCCAACAGGGUCCUCCUGGGGCCUUUCUCUCUUUGAACUGUGGUGGCGGGCGGGCGCACGGUCUCCCGCACCCCUCGGAGUCAGGGCCGCCAUCACCAUGGCCACGGCUGCGGGCCGGCCCUGCGCCGGCGGGUCGCGGGACAUCUUGUGGCGCGUUUUGGGCUGGAGGAUAGUUGCAAGUAUUGUCUGGUCAGUGCUGCUUCUACCCAUCUGUACCACAGUAUUUAUCAUCUUCAGCAGCAUUGAUUUAUUUCAUCCUAUUCAGUGGCUGUCUGAUUCUUUCAAUGAUCUAUAUAGUUCCUAUGUAAUUUUUUACCUCCUGCUCCUGUCAGUGGUAGUAGUGAUAAUAAGUAUUUUUAACGUGGAGUUCUAUUCAGUUGUGCCUUCCAUUCCCUGCUCCAGACUGGCACUGAUCGGGAAGAUCAUUCACCCUCAACAGCUCAUGCACUCAUUUGUUCAUGCUGCAAUGGGGAUGAUGGUGGCCUGGUGUGCUGCGGUGAUGUCUAAGGGCCGCUAUGGUUUUCUUGUGGUUCCCUGCACCGCCACUGAAAGUUUAAAUAGCCCUGCUGCACAAACCUGCUUAAAUGAGUAUCACCUGUUUUUUCUCCUGGCUGGAUCAUUUAUGGGCUAUAGCUACAGUCUCCUGUAUUUUAUUAACAACAUGAACUAUCUUCCAUUUCCCAUAAUACAGCAAUACAAGUUCUUGCGCUUCAGGAGAUCUCUGCUCUUGUUAGUUAAGCAUAGUUGUGUGGAAUCUUUGUUCCUGAUUAGAAAUUUCUGCGUUCUGUAUUACUUCCUUGGCCAUAUUCCCAGAGCUUGGAUUAGCACUGCAAUGGACCUUCAAAUAGAUGAGCAGUUUCAUAGGCCUCUUGACACUGUGAGUGGCCUCUUAAAUCUCUCCUUACUGUACCAUGUCUGGCUAUGUGGUGUCUUUCUUCUGAUGACUUGGUAUAUCUCAUGGAUACUCUUCAAAAUCUUUGCCACAGAGGCUCAUCUGUUCCCUGUCCAGCCACCAUUCUCAGAAGAGUCGGAUGAAUGCCUCCCGAAGGUCUUAAACAGCAAUCCCCCCCUCAUCAUAAAGUAUUUGGCCUUACAAGACCUGAUGUUGCUUUCUCAGUAUUCUCCCUCACGAAGACAAGAAGUUUUUAGCCUUAGCCAACCAGGUGGACAUCCCCACAAUUGGACAGCCAUUUCAAGGGAGUGUUUGAACCUUUUAAACGAUAUGACUCAGAAACUGGUUCUCUACCAGGAAGCAGCUGCUACGAAUGGGAGAAUGGUGCCUUCAUACUCUGUGGAACCUAAGAAAUCGAAUUCUCCAGAAGAAACUACGUUUCAGACCCCGAAAUCUAGCCAGAUGCCUCGGCCUUCAGUGCCACCAUUAGUUAGGACGUCACUGUUUUCCUCAAAAUUAUCUACACCUGAUGCAACAAGUCCCCUCGGAACCCCGUUUGGCUCUAGUGUAGUGAAUCGAAUGGCUGGAAUUUUUGAUGUAAAUACCUGCUAUGGGUCCCCUCACAGUUCUCAGCUGAUAAGAAGAGGGCCAAGACUAUGGACUUCUGCUUCUGAUCAGCAAGUGACUGAAUUUUCUAAUCCUUUUGCAUCUACCUCUGUUAGUGCGGAGGGUAAGACAGCAAGACAGCCCAGUAUGAUUUAUUCAUGGAUUCAGAAUAAACGUGAACAGGUUAAGAAUUUCUUAUCAAAACGGGUGCUGAUAAUGUAUUUUUUCAGUAAGCACCCAGAGGCGUCUAUUCAGGCUGUUUUUUCAGAUGCCCAAAUGCAUAUUUGGGCAUUAGAAGGUCUGUCUCACUUAGUAGCAGCAUCAUUCACUGAAGAUAGAUACGGAGUUGUCCAGACCACACUACCAGCUAUUCUUAAUACUUUGUUGACGCUGCAAGAGGCAGUUGACAAGUACUUCAAGCUUCCUCAUGCUUCCAGUAAACCGCCUCGGAUUUCAGGAAGCCUCGUGGACACUUCUUAUAAGACAUUAAGAUUUGCUUUUAGAGCAUCACUAAAAACUGCCAUCUAUCGAAUAACUACUACAUUUGGUGAACAUCUGAAUGCUGUGCAAGCAUCUGCAGAACAUCAGAAAAGACUUCAACAGUUCUUGGAGUUCAAAGAAUAGCUCAGUAAUAUAAACUGUGUUCAUUACACUGCUGAUACAGCUACAGAUGGGACAGUAAAUGUUCAGCAUUCUUGGAUCAGAAGAAAAUGGACUAAUUAGAUGCUUCCUUUGUCGUGGUGGUUGCUUUGAAAACUAUACUUUAAUGGGAGAAAUCAUGGAAAGAAAUUCCUAACAGAAUAACCGAAAACCCCCUUUUCUGUACCGAUGUCUUUUUGUGUGUGUGGUAUAAUAAAAUCUUUAUUCAAUUUUACAGAAGCCUCUAUGGCACUAGAAAUGUCUUUAGCUUCUAUAGCUUAAUAAUGAUAACUGGAAAAUUUUUAGAAUUUACUUUUGAGCGAAGUAGAACCAGUUCAUAAGGUAAAAUAGAUUGACUUGAUUUGGUCCUCCUGAUUGUUGUGAGAGUUUAACUCUCUGUACACUCGAAAUACAUGAACUUUGUAAGACUAGUUUCUGCUUACUGAUGAAAAUGGUAACAGUGGAGAAAAAUUCACAGAAAAAUUAUUGUUUAAAGGACAUGUUUUGUUAAUCUGGUAAGUUGUGUUUUUCUUUCCAGGGACAAAUUAAAUUUGCAUGAUUGUCCAAAGUCUCGAUUUACAGAUGCUAACUCUCUAUAAAGGAAUGUGGAAGAAUUCAGUUCUUAAGUUACAAGAUUAAACAUUCACAUUUGAUUUUUGAAAGAC